CAAUAGUAUCUUUUUCUUCAAAUAAGUUCUUACAAUAUAUUUGCUUAAUUAUCACAUUUAACACUAGAUGAUUUUAUGAUGUAUCAAUCUAUGAAAAGGUGAUGUUGAAGCCGCCAAGUCCUGAUCCAUUGUUAGGAAGUGCAGAUGACAAGAUCAUAGACUUUGCAGAAGUAGAUAUACGAUUACCAAUGUUUGUGUAUGUAUCUCGAGAGAAACGCCCGGGUUACGAUCACAACAAGAAAGCAGGUGCCAUGAAUGCACUAGUUCGAGCAUCCGCGAUUCUGUCGAAUGGGCCAUUCAUUCUGAACCUUGACUGUGACCACUACAUCUAUAAUUGCAAGGCGGUGCGAGAAGGAAUGUGCUUCAUGAUGGAUAGAGGUGGUGAAAACAUAUGCUAUAUCCAAUUCCCACAGAGGUUUGAAGGAAUUGAUCCUUCAGAUCGCUAUGCCAACCACAAUACUGUCUUCUUUGAUGGUAACAUGCGAGCUCUUGAUGGUCUUCAAGGCCCAGUUUAUGUGGGAACGGGUUGCAUGUUUCGAAGAUUUGCACUAUAUGGUUUUAACCCUCCCUUGGUGGAUCAGGUAAACCCUAAAAAAGGUGAAAGUGAGUCUGAAAUGCAAGCAUUGAGUGCUAGUGAAUUUGAUAGAGAUCUAGAUGUGAACCUAUUGCCAAAACGUUUUGGUAAUUAUACCAUGUUAGCCGAGAGCAUACCCAUUGCUGAGUUCCAAGGUCGGCCGCUUGCAGAUCAUCCGGCAGUCAAGUAUGGACGUCCACCCGGUGCUCUUAGGGUACCUCGUGACCCACUUGAUGCCACCACUGUAGCAGAGGCCGUAUCUGUCAUUUCUUGUUGGUACGAGGACAAGACAGAGUGGGGAUAUAGGGUAGGAUGGAUUUAUGGGUCAGUGACAGAAGACGUGGUUACAGGGUAUCGCAUGCACAAUCGUGGAUGGCGUUCUGUGUAUUGUGUAACAAAAAGAGACUCGUUUCGCGGAUCCGCACCAAUUAAUCUCACUGAUCGACUGCACCAGGUGUUGCGAUGGGCCACAGGCUCUGUUGAAAUCUUCUUCUCAAAGAAUAAUGCUUUACUUGCAAGUCGGCGCCUUAAUUUUCUUCAAAGACUCGCUUACCUCAAUGUUGGCAUAUACCCAUUCACCUCUGUGUUCCUUAUUGUGUAUUGUUUCCUCCCUGCACUUUCUCUAUUUUCUGGGUUCUUCAUUGUCCAAACUCUUAGCAUUGCCUUCUUGAUCUACUUGCUUACCAUCACCAUAUGUUUGGUUUUGUUGGCCAUUCUUGAGGUAAAAUGGUCUGGUGUUGAGUUAGAGCAAUGGUGGAGAAACGAACAAUUUUGGCUCAUUUCUGGAACUAGUGCUCACUUUGCUGCUGUGGUUCAAGGACUCCUUAAGGUCAUUGCUGGUAUUGAAAUUAAUUUCACAUUGACAUCCAAAUCUGCGGCAGAGGACGAUGAAGAUAUAUAUGCAGAUUUGUAUAUAGUUAAGUGGUCCUCCCUGAUGAUUCCACCCAUUGUUAUUGCUAUGGUGAAUAUUAUUGCCAUUGUGGUUGCAUUUUCUAGGACAAUUUUCAGCGUAUAUCCAGAUUGGAGCAAGUUUAUUGGAGGUGCUUUCUUUAGUUUUUGGGUGCUUGCUCAUUUGUAUCCAUUUGCAAAAGGGUUGAUGGGGAGGAGAGGAAAGACCCCAACCAUUGUGUAUGUUUGGGCAGGUCUCGUUGCCAUUACAAUUUCUUUGUUGUGGAUUGCCAUUAGCCCACCCAAGGGAGGCGCAAAAGGUGUUAAGACAGAAUUCCAAUUUCCAUGAAACAUUAAUAGCAUUUUGCUACUUUAACGUCAACAACACUAUAUGUACCUAACUUUGGUGUGAGCACCAUGUUUGAAAGAGAAGGAUGGGAAAAGGAAAAACGAAUGAAAGGGAAAAAAUUUUGGACAAAAAGUGGAGUCUAGAUAGGUGUAGAAACCAA